CGGUGGAUAGUGCUCUCACAGGAAUAUUAAAAAAAAAAAAAAAACUGACAGGCUUUUCUUUUUUGCAAAGCGCGAGGAGUGAUUCGGAGAACCGCCCGCGGAUCGCCCCCCGUUCUUCAUUUUUUAUUUAUUUAUUUUGUAAUAAACGCCGCUCGUGCGCUUUUACGCCAGCAGAGAUGGAGAAGAGAAGCGGGAUUAACGGUAACUCCGUGCCGGGGUGCCCGGUUUCCGCCGCCGCCGCUGAAGUUACAACCAAAGACGAGCCGAAAACAUGCAAUGAAAAGUUUUUGGUGUUUUUAAAAAGGAAUCUCUUGGUGAUACUGACAGUGUCUGGGGUUUUGGUGGGCGCCGGACUCGGUAUGAUGGUGAGGAAUAUGCACCUAACUCGCGCAGAGAUCACUUACUUCGCCUUUCCCGGAGAGAUGUUACUGAGGAUGCUGAAAAUGGUCAUGCUUCCCUUGGUUGUUUGCAGCUUGGUCUCCGGGGCAGCGAGCCUGGACACCCGGUCCUUGGGCAAACUGGGCGGAAUUGCCGUGGCGUACUUUUUGGUGACCACCCUCAUCGCCUCGGCCAUCGCCGUGGCACUUGCUUUAAUUAUCAAACCGGGAGUUGGCGCGGGGGGUCUGAACACCAACGCCGUGGGUUUGGAAAAAUUCACUACCAACAAACAGACCACGGACUCGUUUUUAGAUCUCACCAGGAACCUGUUUCCCGCGAACCUCGUGGCGGCAGCCUUUCGCUCGUAUGCCACAGAGUACAAGAACAUCAUUGUGGGAAACUCCACCAAUGGAAGCUUCAUUUACCAGACGGUCCCCGUUGGCACGGAAACGGACGGCAUGAACAUCCUGGGUCUGGUGCUGUUCGCCAUGGUGUUCGGGGUGGCCUUGAGGAAGCUCGGUCCCGAGGGGGAGGGGCUUAUCAGCUUCUUCAAUGCCUUCAACGAAGCCACCAUGGUUCUCGUCACCUGGAUCAUGUGGUACGUGCCCAUUGGCAUCAUGUUCCUGGUGGGCAGUAAGAUCGUGGAGAUGGAGGACGUGGUGCUGCUGGUCACCAGUCUGGGGAAGUACAUCCUGGCCUCCACCUUGGGACACAUCAUCCACGGGGGCAUCGUCCUCCCGCUCAUCUACUUCGGGUUCACCCGCAAGAACCCCUUCAGCUUCCUCUCCGGCCUCAUCGCCCCCUUCACCACCGCCUUCGCCACCUGCUCCAGCUCAGCCACGUUGCCCUCGAUGAUGAAGUGCGUGGAGGAGAACAACGGCGUGGACAAGCGCAUCAGCCGCUUCAUCCUGCCCAUCGGCGCCACCGUCAACAUGGACGGCGCCGCCAUCUUCCAGUGCAUGGCCGCCGUCUUCAUCGCCCAGCUCAACGACAUCGAGCUCAACACCGGCCAGAUCUUCACCAUACUUGUUACCGCCACGGCGUCCAGCGUAGGGGCAGCUGGGAUACCCGCCGGAGGAAUCAUCACAAUCGCCAUCAUCCUGGAAGCCAUCGGGCUGCCCACCAACGACCUGUCGCUCAUGCUGGCCGUGGACUGGAUUGUGGACCGCAUGAGCACGGUGGUGAACGUGGAGGGGGACGCGCUAGGGGCGGGGAUCCUCCACCACAUCAACCAGCAGGACCUGAAGAAGCAGAAGCAACAGCAGCGGGAGGAGGAGGAGGAGCUGACGGAGGUGAGGGUGGAGGCGAUGGCGAACACGCGGGAGGAGGAGGAGGAGACGUCGCCCCUCGUCACCCACCUCCACCCCGGCCGGGCCCACGACAGCCCCAUGGAGGAGAAGGACGCCAUGGAGAGCUUUCUCUGAACCAAGAGGAAGGACAGCUCAGGCAGUUAACCAACUUCACCUCUAAUCAUUAACUUCACACCUCCUCACAGCCAUGUUUAUAAAAAUAAAAAAAAGUGAACCUUGUUAUAGUUUUAGAAUUAGCCUAACAGUCCUAAACCUGACUAGGUGGAAUUGAGCCCUUUUUGAAAAAUGCUUCUCUUUUGACAGUUUGUCGCUAUGGGAAUAAUUUUUUUUUUCCAGUGUUAUCUUAAAUUUUUGUUUUUUAAAGGGGACACCCAGUCCCCAAGCAGGAAUGAGCUAGCAACAGAGGGGUAUUUAAGAGUAUUUACACUGACAAUCUCACAUGUUUGUCUGGAUCAUUUUCACCAGGCCUGUUUAAUAUUAACCCCUGUGUUUUUGAGAAGAGCAGGGGGAACAUGUAAAUAUUUAAGUAUGGUAGCUCUGUUCUUUCAUCUACAGGAGUUGCUGAAUCGAUACAUUCUGUCUUUUGAAGCCAUGUCUUUUUUUUAUUCGAUUUGUGCUUCAAGUUGAACCUUUGUUGACCUAAAACAUGUUCAGUGACAAGUUUCAUGAGUUUCCUGAGCAGAGUUUUGAAACCGAACUGCUCCCGUGUGCCUCAUCGAAAACACGAAAUACGCGUGGCGCAAGCGAUCCACCUUCCUGUCGUUGGUAAAGCCUGAAGUGUUUCUGGGACCUGCCGAGAGGAAAUGGCGGCUCUCUGAGUGUUUUCAUAGACAGAGGAGUCAGGUUUCAGCCCAUCUCUGCUCUGUCUACUGCCACCCAGAGCCUGAGACAGAUGUUAAAACAGAGAGUGGAAAACAGCAAAGUGGCAAAAAAACAACAAAACAAAACAAAAAAAAAAAACUCAUGGAGUAAUUCUCCAGUUUAAGUGGCCCUCUUCAAACAAGCCAAUAUGCAUUUAGACACAAUGACAGACUGAAACUGAAAUUUUAACCAAAUAUGUUGCCUUCAAGAGGUAGAGUUCUAAUGCACAUCUUAAAAGGUGAUAUUUACACUGAAAGCUAGACAUUUGAUAUUAUAACACUAAUGCUGAUAUCAUUAACUGAUUGCGCAAUACAUUAUUAUCUCAAAUCGGCUGCAAAAAGGAUUAGCAAACCAGCACUAAAUAGUUAGCUAUUCCUUUCUUUUGUGAACCUUUUGACCCUAAUAUUUUAUCAGAAUUAUAACACGAAUCAUUCCAGUAGAACUUGGAAGUGGCCAUAUUAAACACAAAUAAUCUAUGAAGGAAAUUUUUAUAGAAAAAAUAAAAAUACAGGAAAAAUAGAAUAAAAGAGAAUCAUUUAUACUACUACAAAAAUUGGCAUGCAGACACAUAACAAAAACAAAUUAUGCUCCUUAAUUAACUGUAUUAAGUGGCUAAUGCAUGUUUACUGUGUUUUAUUAACACAAAUCUAUUAUUAUUAUUUUUCUUUAUUUAGUUAAUCACCCGGUAGCGCCAACCGCUGUCUGGUGGAUUUCGCCGAUAUGUUCUGGAAAUCCUGCAUUUGUAUUCCCUGCCAGAUUUUAGCUUGGCUCAUUUUUAUCAUUUUUUGUAAUUUUGUAAUCUUCUCCAACCCUUUUUAACAUUAAAACUAUGAAACAACUGUUUCUUUUCAAUA